GCCCGCCCGGGAGCAGGUUAGUGCCGGGCGGGCGCAGCCGGGCAGAUGGCGGGAGGGGCGGGCGCUGCGCCGCCUCAGGGCUCUUCCCCGCCGCCCGCUCCGUGCAGACUGCGGCAGCCCGGGCCACGCGCGCCUCGGGGAGGGCGGCCGGGGCGGGGGCGGGGCCGGAGGCGGCAUCGGUCCGGCGGCUCCGCGGCCGCCCGCGUGCCGGGCAAGAUGGCCUCGCGUGCCCUGCUGUGGCACGCGUGCCGGGGGCUGCCCAUCCCCGACCUGGAGAAGAUCGCCUUGGACUACAUCGUGCCCUGCCUGCACGACAUCGGCUUCUGCUACCUGGACAAUUUCCUGGGCGAGGUGGUGGGGGACUGCGUGCUGGAGCGCGUGAAGCAGAUGCACUACAGCGGGGAGCUGCAGGAUGGGCAGCUGGCCGGCCAGAGACACGGCAUCGCCAGGCGGCACUUGAGGGGAGACCAGAUCAAGUGGAUCGGAGGCACGGAGGAAGGGUGCGAGGCCAUCAACUUCCUCCUGUCCCUGAUAGACAGGCUGGUGAUGUAUUGUGGCACCAGGCUGGGCAACUACUAUGUCAAGGAGAGGUCCAAGGCUAUGGUAGCCUGCUACCCUGGGAAUGGAACCGGAUAUGUUCGUCAUGUGGACAACCCAAAUGGUGAUGGGCGCUGUAUCACUUGCAUAUACUACCUGAAUAAAAACUGGGACUCGAAGUUGCAUGGCGGAAUACUUCGGAUAUUCCCAGAAGGAAAGUCCUAUGUGGCAGAUGUUGAGCCCAUUUUUGACAGAUUACUCUUUUUCUGGUCAGACCGAAGAAACCCACAUGAAGUUCAACCUUCCUAUGCAACCAGAUAUGCCAUGACUGUGUGGUAUUUUGAUGCUGAAGAAAGAGCAGAAGCCAAAAAAAAGUUCAGGAAUUUAACUGAUGCAGGGAAGAGAGAAGCACCUCUCAAUGAAGACUAAACAGCUGUCUGAACUCUUUUUGCAAGCAAUCGGAUCCAAAGAUGACUUGUUAGUUUCCAGUGAACCAUUGGACAGUCUUACACACAAGAAUGCACUGUGUUUCUGUCUAGCAUGUACAUAAUACAUCAAUGGUACUUCUGGCAGUCUCCAAUCAUACCUGCAUCUAGCAGAAGGAACCCUUGUUUUCUAUUUGCCUUUAACUAAGAAAGUAACUGGGGUUUGAGUAAGAGAAGGAUACUGCUAAGCCUAAUGUUAGUGAAUAAGCCAGCUGGCUUUUGGUAAUGCUGGUAAUAAAGAUGACAAGUAUUGGAACCAGUGGGGAAAAACCUGAGUCUUAUUUGCACUUUAUGUAAAUUUUCUAGCUCAAUGGGAAGGAGCUUUACAAAUUAAAAUCUGUGGCAGACUGUAGAUGGGCUAGGCAAGAUACUGAAAAUGUGAAAUUAAACUAGGUAUUUAUAAAGGGUCAUCUUUUGUUAUGCUAAACGUGGGGCCAUUGAUGGACUGCUAAUCAGUUUGCGGCACAAAGCAUUGGCUUAACUCUUCUAUUUUCUUACUUUCUAAGAAGAUAAUCAUCCACGUUGUCAUCAAAUCGCCUGUAUUUUAUUCAUAUUUCAGAAGUUGAACAGCAGCUCUUCAGUUGUUUUGCCUUUGCACAGCACUAGAAAUGAGGGGGGAGGUGGUCAUGCAGACAUCCAAUUUUAUAAACUGUUCCUUUCUGAUCUGAGAUGGAUCUAUGUAUUUUUUUUCCAUAUAUUUUAUAAAAUGCUGCUUUUCCCCCGAAGAUUGGUUAGCUUGGAAGGUCAUUGAGAGAAAUGCCUUAGGCCUAAAAGCCAAUCUACUUUUUUUCUACCUUUACACAUCCUCUUUUUUGUAUGACAGAAGCAUGAAUCUAAAAGGUAAAGUUAUGUUCAGCAGCCAGACAAAUGUAGGAUAUGUAACAAGAGCUGGCUGAAGCACUUCAGGAGCCAGAUUCACAAGGGUAUUUAGGUACUGAAAUCAAUGGGAGCAUAGGCAAAAUAUGAUUUUGAAGAAUUUGAAUGUAGAAUAUGAAUGUAACAAACCAAGUAGGACAAAAACACUGUUACACCAAGUAAUUAUUUUCCCUCCUGCAUUUGAGCCAUAAGGUGUACAAAGAGAGGAUUAGGUUCCAGUGAACAAGCACAUAUUUUCUUUUCCAAGAUAAUUUUGUUAAGAGUAGCUUCCAAGUUGUCCCAAGGCAACUUAAACUUUUGCAACAGCACUUAAUCAGCAGUUCAAGAAGUUCUAACUGUAUCUAGAAGAAUUUCAGUGGACAUACCACAUAAAUUAGUUGUUUUUGUUUCAAAGUAAUUAUACACUCAUAUAUACUAACUUUCUCUCUUCCUUAAUAUUUAUUCAAGAUUGUGAGUGUAUGUCAGUUAGUACUAAGAUCUUCCAAGUAUAUGUUUUUCUCUGCAUCCUAUAUGUAUGUUUUUCCCCCAUGUAUAAGAACCCACGAUGGCUUUGGUAGAACCUGCCAACUACCCUUUUUCCUUCUUCAACCAUCUCAUCAAUGAUUGAUUUACAGUAGAUAGGCUUCCUAUUGCCAUGCCAUGAUUGGUCAGAGGGGGAGCAAUUGUCAGUUCAUCUUUUGUCUUCCACAACAUUGAGGCAUAGAAUGAGAAUGACAGUUCGGCAGUGUGUAGCACCAAGGUUAAGCUCUUUUGAGGUUAUUCAGAUUACCUAGCUAGUGACAAAAGGGCAACAGCUAUGUAGGGUGUAAAGGCAUCAAAAUGGUAGUAGGAAAUUAUUAUUUCUAAGGAGAGAAAUUUCGUAUCCCCAUACCUGAUAUUGAAGACUUAAUAUAAAUAUACCAUUUUUGGCCAACCCUUCCUACUCACGCUCCUGGAAACCUGUGUGUGAUUAUUAGGGGUCUGCCCAAACCAAGGAGGCAGGCAGCUGAUUUUGUGGGUAGAGUGCAGAACCGGCCACCAUUUUUGUGAAUUUAUUGUGGUGGGGCCCCUCCACAUCUCUGGCCAAGUGACUCCACUCCCAGUUAGUUGAGGGCUGUCCAUCAUGCAACCCCAUUCCUCGCUGCUGAUUGGUAGAAGGGUGGGACCACGUGACAGGCAGCCCUCAGCCAAUCAGCAGUGAGGGGUGGGGGCCAUAGCCAUCUUGCCUGCUCACCUUCAUGCUGGCAGCCCACUUCCCCCUUUCUCUGUCUGGUGGGAUGUGCACCAUGAGGACUGCUGGCUCCCACUGGGGAGCCAGCAUUUUAUUUUUAGUAAGUGGGGGGGGUGUUGUAUUUUUAUUUUUUUUUUCCACCCUGCAGAUUUCAUGAACAUUGCCUGAUUUUUGUGAUUUCUGUGAAAACCACAAAAUUGUAAUUUAAGUAGGUCCCUAGUGAUAGUAUCUGGAGGGAAGUGAGGAUUUCAAAAUCAUCAUUACAAAUAAGACAAAAACCUCAACAAGUCAUGUCAAUCUUCUGUAUUUCCUUUGUGUUCAAUAAAAUUCUUCCACUAUAGUUGUAUCUAAAUAGCACAGACUGAUUCUGAAGGAAACUUAAUAUUAACUUCUAAUAUUAAAUUCUAACUCUAGGUGGGUCAGAAUUCUUAAUUGUAAGUGGUAGGUGACACUUUGAAAUUAAUGGAUAGAUAAGGUUGAAUUCACAAACUGGUGGCUGCAGUGGUAGUCAUUUUAAAAUUUUGUUGAGUGUCCCUAUGCAAUGUCAGUAAUAUGUUGUAUAGUUAAAAAUUCUUUAAAUCCUUUGAAUGAAUGAUUUGAGGGGCAAAAGCCUACUAAUCAGUUAGUCCUGACAAGUUUCAGAAACCCUAAACUUAAACAAAUGCCCCAUAGGUAGCUCAUUAGAAAGUGACAUUAAUGCAAAUUGUAUCUAGAGCUUAGAACAAUAUGAAAAUAUUUUUCCAUUUUAGUUUUUUUUACAAAUUUGGAUAAGAAAGGUGCAUUUUGUUUUCACUGUCACCACCAUAUAGCACAAGCAGUGGUUAGCAGCUUGCAUCUUGUGGUGGACAAUGAAACAGCGUUGCAGUUAUUGUAAAUGAAGUAUGUUUGCAAACUUUUCAGUUUCAGCCUAUGUCCUCUUGAUCUACCUAGAAGCAUGAGAUUCAAUUAAUACAUGAUGGAGAUGGGGUUUUCCAUCUGCUAAUAAGUGAAAAGAAAUAUCAAGAACUUGGUUGCAUAGGAUUAUGAAAUGUUGCCCUUUUACUUCACCCCAGGCCUGAGAUUAGUGGGAAGACCACUCCUUGAAUUUCCACCCUUCUCCUCCACAUACAUCUUGCAGGAAUCCUUGUUCUUGAAGUUGCUUCCAGUGUUCAUCCCACCUCUUCUCGAUGGACUGCUUGCAAACGGCUACACAAGAAUGAAGUUCACUUUUAAAAAUGACAUCAAUAACAAAAUGCACCAGUUGCUUCUCUAAACAGGAAUUCUAGCAGUUUCUUUCCAGUUUUGGUUUCACAUUUCCAUGGCAAAGUGUCUGAAAUAGCUAUGGCUUAGCAGCAUGUGCCAUCUGAUUGUAAAAACAGAUUGUUAUUUCUCCAGUGUAUUUACUUUUCAGUCCUCCUGAGGCACUGACAGCUUGUUUACACAUUUAGGUACUGUGUGUGCCUUCAUCAUUCAUAUCCACAGAGCUCAUGUACACCAAAUGCAUGCAAUGUGCAAGUUUUUCAUGGCUCUUUAAAAACAAAAAAAUUAUAGUUGCCUUUCUGAAUGUGACUUCAUUUCACACUAGACAGUAGUGGAGCUUAUUUAAACCCCACUGAGCCACCGUUUUCAACAAGUGGUAUUUGUUGUGAGGGGGAAAAAGUUAGGAAAAAGAAUAAAUGCUUUUUUUUUUAAUGAAGUAGUAAAAAGAAAAGGCAUAGAUGCAGAGAUACUAUUUGUAUUCUUAAACCUGUAACCAGACUUGCUGACCUUCUGAGCAAAGUGGAGUCUAAUAAAAUGUCUUAUUCCUUCUAUUAUUAUUUGCUCUAUCAGCAAAUGACUGCUACAAAGUUAUGUUAAAAAAGAGCAGAUCUGUUCUUUUUCCCCCAUCUCUAAACUAUUUUAAUCCAUUCCUGUUGAAAUAAAAGUGGGGUUUUUUUCUCCCAAAGUAGCUGGCUUCAACACCACUUGUUGAGAGGAAUGUACCUAUUUGCAGGCAAAUAACUAGUUUUAUUUCAGCUGUGACACGCUCCCAGCAAAUCUCUCUGAGUAGCUUAUGGAUAAAUCUCUUGUCAGGUUGUAUGCUGGUCAACAAUGCUGGCACUUUGGGUUAGACUGAUAUGGAAACGUGGUGGUGUUUUAUGAUACAACACAUUUUGUGUUCAUGUUUAACUAAUGGAAAAUAUGUAAUGAAAUGAAAAUGUUGCAGGAGUCAAUAAACACUGGGUUAUGUUAAA